AUGUCUGGAUUGUAUGCUUCCAGCUUCAGUCCAGCAAGAGUGCUUUCGCCGCAGAUAAGAGGCGCUGUGGAUAUAGAGAGGUAUCGAACCGCGCUUGGAUGGAAGUUGAGAGGCUUUGUGGGGUUCGUAUUCUUUUCACGGGUCGCUUGUGUGUUUCUGAAUGCUGGCGUUUGUUGUUAUAGUCAGUACUUGGCGGAGCUACUGGCGGAGCAUCAGAAGCUUGGGCCAUUCGUGCAAGUCCUUCCGAUAUGCAGCCGACUACUCAAUCAAGGUAAGUUUCUCGAGUAGCUCCCUUUGGAUUGUUCCUUGUGGAUAUUCAGUUGCUUCCUGGUUCCGCUGGGUUUCUUAGUCUCCUGUCUAUCAAGUCGAUUUGUAUGCCGUUACGAUGUUUAAAUACGAGUAUAGCCUGUCUUAGCCAGAAUCCAGUUGGUCUUUCUUGAUCAGUUCUUGAUUUGGAGGGGGAACGAUACCAUUUCUUUGGGAAAAGACAUCUUCGAUUUUAUGCAAAUAUCCUGCUAUGUUGCUUCCUCUGUUCCUUCAUCUCUUGAAAACUGAUAUUUGAGACAGUGAAAUAUCCAGUCUAAUAUUUCAACUUCCGGUUAUGAAAUCAUAGAUUAGUGAAUUCAUAGAUAUGUCCUGAUUGUCCUGGAAUUUUUUUCGAGUUUCAUACAGUGCACGAGUCAGAGUUCAUUCAAACAUAAUCACAUUUCCGUUCACACAAAGCACUUAUUUUUUCCAUAACCCAUAUCUCAGUUAUGUUUUUUAAUAACUCAUGUCUCAAUCUGUCUCUUUAGCUUGUAUGGAGCCGUUUGCAAGUUGAUGGAAAUUUCUGCAUUUGCAUCACUUUCAAGCAUGGGUUAUCAGCUGUGUAGUGGUUGCUUCUGUCAUCUCGUAUGCCAAAAUACAAUGCCAUGUCCCCGCAGGAAAAAAUAUUCAUAACAGCAGGCUUGUUGUAAGUAUGGCAUUUUGAGAAGCAGAAGAGAAGAUUUUUCUCGUUGUGUUAUUGACUCUUUUUUCACAAAUAAGACCUCAUUCGUAACAUAGUCCUCUAAUUAACCCGUCCUGAAUUCUGCAUUCAUGAAUAGUUGUGAUUGAAGGGCUGUCUACCUCAAAAAUAUUUUAUUGGUUGAGUAAUCAAUAAUAUGAAAUUUUUAGACGAUUAUAAAACCAUGAAUGGUAAUGUAAUUUAUGUCUAUAAGGCGUUUGAUCUAGUGGGUCUUGAACUUACAAUACCCAAGUAUCUAUCUGUCUAUCUUUAUUGCUAAGUUUCAUAUGUUUAUAAUUAUUUUGGGUUUCAGAAUAGAACAGAAAACAUAAUCUUGCGAGGGAAAACGUACACAGAGGUUAGAAAUAUUUCAAAAGUUUCUUCAUAAGUCUUAGCCUUUUUACAUGAGAUAUUCCAAUUACGAAGAAUUCUUAAAAUUAGUCAUUUUGGGAGGAUAGCAUACCGAAAUAUGCGUUGAUAUGCUUAGAAAUAUUCAUACAAGCUUUGGUCACUUCUUUUUCUUUUCUGUCAAUGUGCCCUUUCAUUAUUAAACCAAUCGGUAACACACUUUAGUAAAAAACUCAAUAAUAUUUCAAAAGAGUUCAGUUACUAUUUUACAUGGGUUGUCUUCCAGAUUAGAGUCUGUGCAACGUGGUUUCUGAUGUUCAACCCUUAUAACAGAAUAAUAGAUAAAUAAAAACACUCGUUUCCCAUUUAUCAGUUCUAGCGAUUUGUUGGCUCCAAGGACUCCCUUCAUGUGUUACCAUCUUCUAUAAAUUACCACAAUCUUAGAUCUUAUCUGGGAUGGAAGUUUUUUUUUUUCUGUUGUGUUUAUAGGUUGGUUGUGAUGUAGGCUAUUUUUCUGGUAUGAAUUCAUUUAGCAUUGAUAUCUGAUUAGAUAAUGAAUGCACGUAGUUUCAUCAUCUUGAUUAAAUACUCCUGUUGCGAGAAGCUUUAGGAUUUUACAAGAUUCUCAGGUUUCCAGCACAUUGUCUUACUUGAGCAAAUCUUAUAAACCACGUAAAAAGUUGGUAUGCACAUGUAAGCAUCAUCGGUGGAACAAUUUUUUCCCUUGCUUCUGCCUGUGGGCAUGGUAAAGAUGAAUUUCUAUGAAUGACGCUGUGUAUUGAUUAUUUCUUUGAAAUAAUAUACAUUCGACUAGUAUUUAUUUUUUCCAACUUUGUGUGUGUGUGUGUGUACAGAGAUCAUUCGGGUGUCUUCCAGGGUUUCCAGCCAAGGAUGUAGUGACUAUGACAGGCUGCAGCAUGGAAGUCUCAGCCCCAUGGCUUCUUCAAACCGUCUCUCUAGUGAGGAUCUCAGUGGCUGGAACGGGCUCCAGCCGGAGGUGAGCAUCGAAAGGCUUCUCAAUCAUGAUCAUAGCUUGUGAGACAGACAACCCCUGGUUUUCAUUUUUGACAAAAUCCGGGAACUCAAACCUCUACUUAGGAAGUACAAUUCUAAACUCUCCAGCCCCAAAUGACGAGCUUAAACACAUUCACCACACCAAUCUGGUAUUCGAAUGAAAGAAACUCACUCCUGAAUAGGACCCAUUUAGUUGCCAAAUGCAUAAAAGAGGAAUACGCUGGGAAGAGAAAAUAGGCUUCUACUAAUAUGCUGGAAGCACCGUUCUAUCGGUUGCUAUAUCAGUUCAAAUAAAUCCUAUAAUUAUCCUGCUGACCCUAGGCUGCUCCUAUCUGAUCGUAGUCUGAUAAGAUUAUCUGAGACUUAACCAUGACUCCCACCUGGUUUUUAGACCGUUGACAUUAAUUUCUACAAAGCCCUCCCCUCCGUUCAUUUUUUUUUUCUUUUUCGUUUUAUCCGUUAUUUUUUAUUCAUCCGGGCUUGGGACUUAAUUCCCGCGCCUCAGCAUUAUAUAUAAUUUUCCACCAUUUUUUCUUUAUUUAAAGGGGUACUUUUUUCACGGUCUCUAGCCAUUUAUGUCUCUCGUCUCUUUCAGCAGAGAUCUAGUGUUCCACAGGGAAUGCCGAUGGACUGGCGAAGCGCGCAGUCAAGCCCAAGCUUGAGCAUCGUCAAGAAGAUUCUGCGCCUGGAGAUUCCGGUCGACAAGUACCCCAACGUAAGCAGUCCCUGGAGAUUCCUGUUGAUCUUCUCAGCUCAAAACCUGGGCCUUUGCUGUCGUCCUAAAUCUCGUCAGUCCAUGCGGUUGGUUCCAGUUCAACUUUGUCGGGCGCCUUCUGGGACCCCGGGGCAAUUCUCUGAAGCGGGUAGAAGCCUGCACCGGCUGCCGCGUGUACAUCAGAGGGCAGGGUUCUAUAAAAGAUCCAGGCAAGGUAACUACUUUCCUUCCUUUUAUGGAAGACCCAGCCGCGCUCCUCUUCUUGCUCUCAGCGCUGACCUCUCUCUCUCUCUGUCUCUCCCAUUUCAAAUGCAAGGAAGAGAAACUACGAGGAAAACCCGCCUACGAACACCUGAACGACCCACUCCACGUCUUGAUCGAGGCCGAGCUCCCGGUCAACGUGGUUGACCUGAAACUGCAACAAGCGCAGGAAAUCAUCGAGGAGCUGCUCCGACCCGUGGUAACGAAUCUCUCUCUCUCUCUCUCUCUCUCUCUCUCUCUCUCUCUCUCUCUCUCUCUCUCUCUCUCUCUCUCUCUCUCUCUUUCUCUCGCUGCCUCUAACCAUAAUGGAUGCCAUUUAUGGAUGCAAUGAUCUUUCUUGGGCGCAGGAGGAGUCGCAGGACUUCUAUAAGAGGCAGCAGCUGAGGGAGCUGGCCAUGCUGAACUCGAGGUUGAGGGAGGAGAGCCCCCGGCCGGGCGGCGGCAGCCCCUCUCCUUCCCCAUUUAGCAACAACGGGAUGAAGCGGGCCAAGACUGGGAGGUAG